AUGGGCUUGAAAGUGAGUGCUGAGGGCUGUUGCGAGGAAGGUCCAGCAACCCCAGACGCUCCCCGCGCCCUGCCCGGGACGCCCGUCGUCCUCCCGGGAAUCCUGCCGGUGAUCCCCGAGACCCUGCCGGCCACACUCCCGGAGGACAAGACCGCGCCCCUGCCGCCAAAAUCUCAGCUCACCAAGCCUCAGCCCCUUCCAGCUGCCCUUCCGCAGGGUGUCCAGACCCUGCCUGCUGUGCUUCCAGCUCGCCCUCAGACGCUCCCAGCUGACCUGACGGAGGAGAAGAGCGCCCCCUUGCCUCCCAAGUCAGAGCUCACCAAGCCGGCCUCUCGCCCUCAGGAGACCGAAGACGACGAUGGCUUCGCCCCCCUUCCAACGGGCCCUCAGGUCCAGCCCAGACCGCCUCCUGGGGACCUUACCAAGCCCGCCCCCCGACCACCUUUCCCGCAGGUGCAGCCCACGCCUCCGCCAGGCUUUCAGCCCGCGCAGACCCUGCCAGCGGAGCUUCCAUCGGACAAAACAGCUCAGCUUCCUCCCAAAUCGGAGCUUCUGAAGCCCGCCCCUCGACCACAGCGCCCGCAGGUGGACCCAAGACCAGCCCCAGGACAGCUGACCAAGCCUGCUCCUCUCCCUGAGGACUUCGCCCCCCUUUCAACGGGCCCUCAGGUCCAGCCCAGACCGCCUCCCGGGGACCUUACCAAGCCCGCCCCUCGACCACAGCGCCCGCAGGUGCAGCCCACGCCUCCGCCAGGCUUUCAGCCCGCGCAGACCCUGCCCGCGGAGCUUCCAUUGGACAAAACAGCCCAGCUUCCUCCUAAAUCGGAGCUUUUGAAGCCCGCCCCUCGACCACAGCGCCCGCAGGUGCAGCCCACGCCUCCGCCAGGCUUUCAGCAAGUGCAGACCCUCCCCGAAAGACUCCCAGCCGAUCUGCAAGCAGAGGCAAGACCCGCGGCGGGCGAGCUGACCAAGCCAGCCCCAAAGCCCGUGCGACCGCAGUUCCUGCCGGGGGGACUGAGCCAGACCGCCGACGAGAAGCAGAUCUUCCGCGAAGACGCCGGGCCCUUCGCCGUCCCUGCCGAGGUCCCGGAUGUCCUCGCGUCACUUCCGUUUUCCCCUCAGUUGGCGCAGGUCCCUCGCGACGUGCGCUUCUCGUGUCAGAACCGCUAUCCGGGGAUGUACGCCGACCAGGAUUACGACUGCCAGGUGUUCCACUGGUGUCUCGGCGACGAGAGGAUGUUCAGCUUCCUGUGUGGGUUCGGCACUGCCUUCAACCAACGCCUGUUGACUUGUGACUACCAGCAUCUGGUCCGAUGCGACGACGCUGACCAGGCUUACGAAGUCAACUCCAGAGUGUGGAAUGAAGACGGCGACUUCAUAUUCUGAAAGUAUUAUGCUUCAAUAAAAUAAAUAUAAUCCUUAUGUAUACGUGUAGGCAGAUACAUGACGUAAUUGAAUAAAAUUAUAUUAAUCUU